ACCGGUGACCCAGUCUUGCAGCACUAUGCCUCCCAAGAAAACAGGAGACACAAAGAAGAGCAAAGUGAAGAAAGAGAAAGCGGAUGACGGCGCUCAGGAUGGUGAAAAUGAAUCACGCAAGCGGGACGUCAAAACACGCAAGGCGGCAGCAGAACAGACACAGGCCCAACCAACACAAGUCCCUCAAGUGGCACAAUGUGCACGAGGUGGAGCAGCGGUGGUAGCAAAAUGGGUUCAACGAGCACUUGAUAUGGGAGUGGAUGCUUUGCGAGGAGAAUACCGUUCACUGGCUAGAUACACGUUACCAGAAAUGACAUGCGAAGCGUUUAAGGCUAACCAAGAAGCAGGAAGAAAUAGAUAUCAGGAUGUGCCCUGUCAAGACCAAUUUCGGGUGGUGUUGAAGUGGCCUGGCGCACCCACCGAUUACGUACAUGCGAAUUACGUUGGCACACCAGUAUCAGAAAAGCGGUUUAUUUGCGCACAAGGACCACUGGACGGUACGAUCCCAGAAUUCUGGAUGAUGGUGCUGCAAGAAGAAUCAGAAACUAUAAUCAUGCUAACCAACUGCAUUGAACGGGGCAAAUUCAAAUGCUCGGCAUACUGGCCAGAUCGCGUCGGAGAAACAAAGACAUUUUCUGGAAUAGAGAUAACCAACUUACAGAUUAGAGCAAUGUCACCAGAUGAACCAUCAGUCGCCCUAAGCAUAUUGAGCGUAAAAUUUCCUAAAGACGGCGGUUUUGAAACAAGAGAAGUUCGACAUUAUCAGUGGCUAGAUUGGCCUGAUCGUGGAGUACCACCAAUUCGUCUUACAAGCAUGGAACUGCUUUCGCGAGUGCGAGGAACAAGGAAGCCUAUAAUUGUGCACUGUUCAGCAGGAAUUGGGAGGACGGGUACCAUUGUCGCGAUUGAGUAUAUUCUGGAACGUAUGCAAGCAGGAGUCGAGUGUGCUGCAAUGUGUGAACUAUUGAAAGAACUGAGGAAUCAUCGCGCAUACUCCAUACAAAACGAUUUGCAGUAUCUUUAUGUUCAUCGUGUUAUCCUCUGUUAUUUUCUUGAGAAACACAGAAACAGGUACGCAUCCAUCCUGCACGAUGAAAAUAAAUCAAAAUAUGCAAAGUUUAUCUCUGAAUACAAUGCGGCGACGGGAACGCAAUAGUGGGAAAACAUUAAUGGACUUCAUUUAAUGAAAUAAUGAAUGGCCAAGAAAUCUUUGCUCUCAAAGUAAUAAAUGUUUGAUAGUGCCACUGUCAUAAGUCAUUAAUAAAGG